AUUAAGAAGGACUCCAAUUAUCACAUAUACCAAGAGGGCACCAAAAAUGGUUACUUCACUAAAGACAAUAAGGAUCAGGACUUUGAAGGUUGGUGUUGGCCGGGCAGCUCAAUGUGGGUCGACUACCUGAACCCGGACGCCGCUAAGUGGUGGAGCAGUAAGUUCGAGCCCUCGCACUUCCCCGGGUUUGACGGAUUGGUAGACAUCUGGAACGAUAUGAACGAGCCGUCGGUGUUCAGCGGACCCGAAGUGACGGCUCCCAGAGAUAUGAAACAUUACGGCGACGUAGAGCACCGGGACCUGCAUAACAUGUACGGCUUUCUCAUGACAAAGUCGACGUACGAGGGGCUGACCCAAUACCGACCGAACACCCGGCCAUUCAUACUGACGCGCUCAUUCUUCGUGGGUUCGCAGCGUCACUGCGCCGCCUGGACUGGAGAUAAUAUGAGCAAAUGGGAGCACCUGAGGAUGACUAUCCCUAUGCUACUGUCCCACUCCAUCGCUGGCAUCACAUUCAUCGGCGCAGACAUUCCCGGCUUCUUCUUCAACCCCGAGACCGAGGAACUGGUGGUCCGAUGGUAUCAGACAUCCGUGUUUCACACGUUUUUCAGAGGACACGCCCACUUGGAUACCAAACGCCGUGAGCCCUGGACUUUCUCCGAGCCCACCAAACUGGCCAUUCGGGACGUAAUCCGUUUGCGUUACACAUAUUUGCCGCUAUUGUAUAAACUCUUCUAUGAGAACGAGUUGUCAGGAAUGCCUCCAAUGAGACCCCUGUGGAUGACAUUCCCCGAAGAC